CGGCCCGACGCCGACCGCGACGCUGAGCCGACCGCCGGAGCGCCGGGCAAUGGCGGCCUCGACGGCCUCGCACCGGCCCAUCAAGGGGAUCCUGAAAAACAAGAGCUCGGCGGCCAGCUCGGUGGCCAGCGCGGCCGAGCAGCCCGGCCGCAGCGUGGACGAAGAGCUCAGUAAAAAAUCCCAGAAAUGGGAUGAAAUGAACAUUCUGGCAACAUAUCACCCAGCAGACAAAGACUAUGGUUUAAUGAAGAUAGAUGAACCUAGCACACCUUAUCAUAGUAUGGUAGGUGAUGAUGAUGAUGUAUUGAGUGAUUCAGAAGCCAGUGAAACCAUAACCCCAGCUCUCUUAGCUAAAAAAAAGAAGCGACAGUUUGAAAUGAAAAGGAAGCUUCACUACAAUGAAGGACUGAAUAUUAAAUUAGCUAGACAGUUAAUUUCGAAAGAUCUAAAUGAGGAGGAAGAGGAAGAUGAAGAAAUGCCAGAGGAAGUUACAUCUGGAGGAACUGUGAACAUGGAAGAAUCAAGUCAAGGUUGAUAUUUCAGAAAUAUGACUGAGACUCUUAUAUUUCUUUGUGCCUAAAUGAAAACCUUAUUUUGUUUUGAU